AUGUUUUUCGCCUGGUCGUCCAUACUUUCAGAAGAAGAGUGGGACGAAAUAUUAAGGCUGCAGCCCGUGACGCCACGGUACGACGAAUUCGGCGACAGCGAGGAGUGCACCGCUCGCACCGCAACCAACUACUGGGUCAGUUGCUCUGGCACCAGCUGUUCGACAACAAGGACAGCCAAGUUCACUGGGUGCUCGGUGACCAACUCGGCCACGACAACGGGGCAGUACUGCCCCACAGGUGUCACGAUCGAUCCCAAUGACGAUCAGGGUGCGAAUGGAUAUGGACCCAUAUCGACCUCCAUCGUCACCACCAGUAUACCGGAGAUCGCCAUCGUCAGGGGCGAGCCGUAUACUGUAACGGGAGGGUCAAUCAACCUCAACGGCGCGGUUAUCAAAAUACCGAACAUUGGCGGCAGCGAGCAGGUCUGCACGACAAUAGACAACGUGCCAAUGGUCAUCAUUCCAAACUAUUCUGGAACCAUGGCCGUGCCGGUGCUCCCAACCGCCAAGCCGACUUCCGGUCCUGAUCCUGGAUCCGGCUCCGACCCGGGUUCUGGCGAUACUCCAUCCUCUACUUCCACUACCAGCACGACAGCGCCGAUACCAACUUCUGCUGACGGUUGUGCUCUUAUGGGUGGCAUACAGGGUGUGUGUCGGAAUAAAUGUGAUCCCGCAACCGGCAAUCCAGUCGGUGGAACUUGGGAAGAGGGUGAUGCAUGGUGCUGGCUGAAAGAUGGUGACAUCGGUGCCUUCUGCAACACUGAAAAGGACUGUCCGUCAAAGCUUGAGUGUCAACCAAGUGAUUGGAGGCGAGGGGGAUGUUUGAAACCACCAGUCGUCUCUGGCGGUUGCGCUCUUAUGAAUGGUAUACAGGGCGUGUGUUGGAGCAAAUGUGAUCCAAAAACCUCCGAGCCAGUCAAGGAAGAAUGGAACAAGGGCGACCCAUGGUGCUGGCUCAAAGAAGACGACAUAGGCACCUUUUGUAAGGAUGCAAAGGACUGCCCAGUGGAUCUGAAGUGUCAACCAAGCAGCUGGGCCAGGGGAGGGUGCUCAGUAAACACGCCACUUUCCACCCGGGAUCUCUUGGUUUCUGAUAAUGGGACGUCUCGCGCUAUCGCAGGACCCCAUGGUGUCCGGCUUGAUUUGUACUUUUAG